AUGCCUGUAACUAAAGUCCAACCGUUUCUGUCAGAUGACAAAACGCUCAGAGGUCGUUUAUUUGCACGAAGAAUGGAGCUUUUAAUUGGUGUCUGCGUGUUGCUCACUGUCACCUUUGUCCUUGGCAUCGGUCUGGGAGUGGGCCUGAGCUGUAGAGGAAAGUUCCGGUGCAGCUCAUCGCUCUGUGUCAGCAUCUCUGCGCAGUGUGAUGGACACGUGGACUGUGAACAUGGCGAGGACGAGCUCAGCUGUGUGCGUGUGAGUGGGAAGAGUUCAGUGCUGCAGGUGUUAAGUGGAGGAGUCUGGAGCACUGUGUGUUCAGAAACGUGGGACUCUAAUCUGGGUUUAUCUGCCUGCAAACAGCUGGGAUACUCCAGUUAUGUGGAGUCUGGUUCCCUCCCUCUCACCUCGAUUGAACAAGACUUUCAGGAUAAUCUGGUGUCUAUCAACGUGAGCCAGCUGAGUCACCUGCAUCCAAUCAAGAUCCACAACACAACCAACCUGAGUAAAACUGAAUGCAGAUCAGGGAAGAUCAUAACUUUAAGGUGCUUGGAGUGUGGCUCUCGGCCCCAGUACAGAGCACGUAUAGUGGGGGGUAACCUGUCUCGAGAAGGCCAGUUUCCUUGGCAGGUGAGUCUUCAAUUCCAGAAUGAGCACCUGUGUGGAGGAUCUAUUAUAGCAACACAGUGGAUAUUAACAGCUGCACACUGUGUGUAUGGCUUUGCAUACCCCCCUGUGUGGACGGUGCUCGCUGGACUCACAGAACAACCAGCCACUAGGUCCAAGUAUCUCACCGUGGAGAAAAUUAUUUAUCAUAGCCGCUACAGACCCAAAGGCCUGGACUAUGAUAUCGCCCUGCUGAAACUGUCUCAGCCGCUUACCUUUACUGGCUACAUUGAGCCUAUCUGCCUGCCAAACUUUGGAGAGGAGUUUGAAGAUGGGAAGAUAUGCUGGAUCUCAGGAUGGGGAGCCACAGAGGAUGGAGGUGAAGCGAGUGUGUCUCUGCAUUCUGCAAAGGUGCCGCUGAUCUCCACCAAAGCCUGUAGUCAGCCUGAAGUCUAUCAGGGCUACAUCUCCCCCGGCAUGAUCUGUGCAGGAUACCUAGAAGGAGGAACCGACUCCUGCCAGGGGGACAGCGGUGGUCCUCUGGCCUGUGAGGACUCAUCUGUGUGGAAGCUGGUGGGAGCGACGAGUUGGGGUCAGGGCUGCGCCGAGAGAAACAAACCCGGAGUUUAUACACGCAUCACACAAGCUCUCACCUGGAUUCAUCAACAGAUGGAGAGAGAAGAAACACUGAACCCCUCUCCAAUCAGCUCAGACAACUGACAAAGCCGACAAGAUGAUUUUAAAUUUGAGGGGUUUUUUUUUUUUUUUUUUUUACAUUAAAUGAGUCCACAGUGCAUUGGAUUUUUCAUCCUGCACAGCUCAGUUAAAGACAUCAUUAUAAACAGUGUUAUCGAUGCUGGAAUGCGCACCAGUCUGCUACAGGCUUCAUAACCAUGUAUGGCUGAAUGACUGUACACUGAAGGCAGAAUUAGCCUCACUCUCUGAAGGCUUCUGAUUAUUUUUGUAGCCGUCAAAACAACCGAAAAGGUUCUAACCUACAAAAGGUUCACCCGAAUUGAACAGAUAUACUACAGUGGAAUUUUGCAAUGUUUCAUAGAAUGCAUUUUUUUUUUAUAUUCAUAGCAAAUCUUCUAGCAAAUCAAAUAAACUGUCACACUAAUGACUCUAAACAUCACGGUGUCCAAUAGGCUCAAUACAUUGUGGUGUCUCAAGGGCACAAACUUUUCCCAGAGGCGCUAACACGUCAUACUGAAUUUCCAUAAAUGAAAAGAUUAUUCAUGUAGUGUACUGAAAACAUUUAGAUUGUGCACAUAAAAUAAUACUGAGUUUAUUAGCGCUACUCCACUUGGUCAAGAAAACGGUUUAUACCAUAGCAAUAUUGAAUUCUCGAUUCUGAUUGGUCAGAAAGUUUCAUUUUCUAAGCUCUGACAGUAAUGCCAGACAGUAGUAGAGGAGAUGUUUAUUUAGCAUAUUUGGAAGGAGUCUUCAAUGUCAGCAACUAUUCAGUUGCAGCUGUUAAUAACUUUACAGUGCCCUCCACUAAUUUUGACACCCUUUGUAAAUGUGAGCAAAGAAGGCUGUGAAAAAUCCUUUAUUGUUUAACCUUUUGAUCUUUUGUUUAAAAAAAAAAAAUAACAAAAAUUCUCUUUCUGACCCCAAGACUCAAAUAACUUGUGCAAUUCUCCAGCUGUGAUCCUUGGAGAUUUUUUGGCCACUCGAACCAUCGAGUACUCAACAGUGUGCUGAGACAAUAUAGACACACGUCCAAUUCCAGGUUGAUUCAUAACAUUUCCAGUUGACUGGAACUUCAUUAUUGCCCUGAUGGUGGAAAUGGACAUUUUCAAUGCUUGUGCUAUUUUCUUAUAGACACGUCCCAUUUUGUGAAACUCAACAUCCUUUUGCCGCACAUCACAGCUACAUUCCUGGGUCUUACCCAUUGUUAUGUAUAACUAAGGGAAUUUGCCCUGUGUUUUACCUCAU